UUAAAAUAUUUUGUGCUGAUUUUCUGCAUAAUCCGAGACGCAUUGAUAUUCCAAACUACACUGCCUCGUUUAAGAUCUCUGGCUCUGCUGCCGUUUUUUGAUCCUUUAAACGAUGUAUUUUCGUGCUUUAUAUCAUCUCGUGAUAUUGAUCGUAUGCGGUUGUUUGAAAUGUGGCGAUGCUGGGUUAUCGAACUUCGCGGAAGAGUUUAAAAAGCAGGAGAAAUCAAACGAUUUCUCUGGCAAACAUGGGAUGCUCUUUCCACGAGAGUCUCCCAGUAGACAGAUCAAGGAUCUUGGUGGGCUAUGGUCUUUCCGUGCAGACACCUCGCAAAACAGAAACGCUGGAUUUGAGGAGAAAUGGUUCUUGAAAUAUUUAGUACAGACUGGUCCAGUUAUACCGAUGGCUGUUCCAGCCAGUUUCAAUGACAUCACGCAGGAUGACUCAUUGAGAAAGUUCAUUGGUUGGGUUUGGUAUGACCGGGGUUUCUACCCGCCCUCUCACUGGCGGUCCGAGAACCUUCGCGUUGUGUUGCGAUUUGAAAGUGCCCAUUACAACACAAUCGUGUGGGUAAACGGACAACAGGCUAUGUCCCAUUCAGGAGGACAUCUUCCCUUUGAGGCAGAAGUAAACAAAUAUCUUCUCUUCAAUGAAUACAACAGAAUCACGGUAGCCGUGAAUAAUACUCUCAAUGCAACAACACUUCCACCUGGGAAAAUAGAAUACCUUACGGGACCUCGGUACCCUGCGGGAUAUUUCAUUCAGACCUAUGAAUUUGAUUUCUUCAAUUACGCCGGCAUUCACCGCCCCGUUCGUUUUUACACCACUCCCCAAGUGUACAUCUCCGAUAUAUCCGUGAUUCCUAGCUUCGUCUCGUCCGACAACAACAAUAUUAGCGGGAAACUGGAGUUCAAGACCGUUGUUAUAAGUCCAGUGCAAUAUAGGUCAUCGCUGGUGAUAAAAUACGAACUGUUUGAUAAACAAUGCAAUGUUGUCGCCCGUGCGUCGGGUUUGGGUUUGCUCAGCGGUGCGUUGCUCGUUGAUGCGGUCAAACCUUGGUGGCCCAUUGGAAUGAGCGACUCACCUGGUUAUCUUUAUAAUUUGAUGGUCACAGUGUCAGGCAAUGGUUUUCUAGAUGUUUACAAUCUGCCAGUAGGAUUUAGGACAGUGAAAGUUGAUGAAACACAGUUCCUCGUCAAUGACAAACCAUUUUAUUUCAAAGGAUUCAACAUGCACGAGGACUCAGAUAUCCGCGGUAAAGGUCUUGACUUUCCUCUGAUAUUAAAAAAUUUUAAUAUAUUCACGUGGCUAGGAGGGAAUGCGUUUCGCACGAGUCACUAUCCUUACGCUGAGGAGAUCAUGGACCUCGCGGAUCAGUUAGGGAUAGUUGUGAUUGACGAGUGUCCUGGAGUAGGAAUUAGAAAACCUAAUUUUGGACCAAAGUCCUUGUCCCACCACUUGGCUGUCAUGGAGGAACUGGUGAGACGGGACAAGAACCGUCCAUCCGUCGUUAUGUGGUCUGUCGCUAACGAACCAAGCUCAAACGAACCCGAGGCUGAAGCUUACUUUAGAACCGUCAUCAACCACACACGAUUUCUAGAUCCAACCAGACCUGUUACGUUUGUCGGCAACCAAAGCCCAACCACCGAUCGCGCUGUUCAGUUCGUUGACGUUAUUUGUCACAAUCAUUACUAUGCCUGGUACGAAGAUUCGGGGCAUUUAGAGCUCAUCAAAUUGCAACUCGAGUACGACUUACGACAAUGGUUUGAAAAGUUUCGAAAGCCUUUCAUUCAGUCGGAAUAUGGGGCAGGAACUGUUGCUGGUUUGCACAUGUAUCCUCCCGUGAUGUUUACUGAAGAUUACCAGGUGGGAACUAUUGAACAAUACUUUCCUGUGUUUGAUAAACUCCGUAAAGAAUUUCUCGUUGGGGAAUUGAUAUGGAAUUUCGCAGACUUUAUGACGCAGCAAGAUGUGAAAAGAGUCAAAGGUAACAGAAAGGGAAUCCUGACUCGUGACAGACAACCGAAGCAUGCAGCUUAUGCCUUGAGGAACCGUUAUCUCAACAUCUCCAUGGCUGUUGACUCGCCCCUUCUCACGUAAGAGGUUACACACAUCCCACGUAAAAGAAUCAAUAAUUUAAACGGCCUCAUUUCUCGGUGAUAACACUUUAAAGCAUCAAAUACAACGAAAAUUUACGUCGGACUUGAAAAAUAUUAUGUUAUUAAUGUAUGUUGAUUGGUUUGAGAUAAAUAUUUACUGAUGAAUAUUGCGAC